CAGUGCAGAGGAGUAAAGACAGCAGGAUUUCACACUGAAUUCAGCACUCUGUCUUUGAGUGUGAGCGUGUGUGUGUGCAUGUGUGUAUUUUUAAAUUUGUUCUUUUGAAUUCUAAUCAUCAACAAACAUGGGGAAGAAAUCAAAAAAAGGAUGUGAUUUUAAAGCUGCUUUGAGGAAGAACUGGUUGCUCACGAGCACAAUUCUCGCUGUAGUGUUAGGUAUCGUGACAGGAGUUUUGGUGCGAGAGUUUGUCAUUUUAUCAAGCUUGGACAAAUUCUACUUCGGGUUUCCUGGAGAGAUUCUGAUGAGAAUGCUAAAGCUGAUUAUUUUACCUUUAAUUGUCUCCAGUAUGAUUACAGGAGUCGCUACUUUGGAUUCCGAUGUCUCCGGGAAAGUUGGCGUACGGGCAGUGGUAUAUUAUUUUUCAACUACUAUUGUUGCUGUGAUUUUAGGAAUUGUGUUGGUGAUGACCAUCAAACCUGGUGUUUCCCAAAAAGCUGAAGAAAUUGAUAGAAGUGGAAGUACCCCAGAAGUCACAACCGUAGAUGCCUUGCUAGAUCUUCUUAGGAAUGCAUUCCCAGAAAACUUGGUCCAGGCCAGCUUUCAACAGUAUAAAAGCAAACGACAAGAAAUUGAAUCUGUAAGCAACGCCAGUGUUACCAGUGGGGUAACAGUUACUGUUAUAAUGCCCACACAAAUGAAUGAGAGUAUAACCAAGGAUUACAAAGUGAUCGGCAUAUACUCUGAUGGGAUCAAUGUUCUGGGCCUUAUUGUCUUCUGCCUAGUGUUUGGAAUUGUCAUUGGGCAAAUGGGCGAAAAAGGGAAAAUCCUGUUGGACUUUUUUGAUGCAUUGAAUGAAGCCACCAUGAAAAUAGUGCAGAUCAUCAUGUGGUAUAUGCCAAUUGGCAUAUUAUUCCUGAUUGCUGCAAAAGUAAUGGAAGUGGAUGACUGGGAAAUCUUCCGGAGACUUGGGCUUUAUAUGGCUACAGUACUAAGUGGAUUAGCCAUCCAUGGUACUAUCAUUCUGCCUCUGAUCUACUUUAUUGUGGUGCGGAAAAACCCUUUUACAUUCAUUGGUGGGAUGGCUGAGGCAUUACUGACUUCAGUGAUGAUUUCAUCCAGCUCAGCAACUUUGCCAGUGACUUUCCGAUGUGCUGAGGAAAAGAAUAACGUGGACAAAAGAAUCACCAGAUUUGUGUUGCCGGUGGGAGCCACCAUCAACAUGGAUGGGACAGCUCUAUAUGAAGCAGUUGCUGCCAUAUUUAUUGCUCAAUUGAAUGACUACCCGCUGGACGCAGGACAGAUUGUGACCAUCAGCAUUACAGCAACAGCAGCCAGUAUAGGAGCGGCUGGAGUCCCUCAGGCUGGAAUGGUCACCAUGGUGAUCGUUCUCACUGCUGUCGGAUUACCUGCUAAUGAUGUCACCCUGAUCAUUGCCGUGGAUUGGCUUCUGGAUCGAUUUCGAACAAUGGUGAAUGUACUCGGAGAUUCUUUUGGAGCUGGAAUUGUGGAGAAAUUAUCGAGAAAAGAAUUGCAACAGAUCGACCUCUCAAGUGGCAUUGACAUAGUGAAUCCAUUUGCUUUGGAGUCAGCUGCCUCAGAGAAAGAAGAAUUGAAGAUAAAAGAAGCAUAUGUCAAUGGGGCAUUUGAUAUCGAUAAAUCAGACUCUGUAGCUGUCACAGAAACUUCACAGUUUUGACUAAGUAAGAAUGACAGUAUGUGAUUGUGACAUCACGAAAAUUACGCUGGCAAAGCUGUGGAUCUGAAUGAAUUAACGAGUUUAUUCCCACCAACAACAAAGACAUUAAGAUAAGGUCUUGAAAAUAUAAUAUAUAUUGACCAUUGAACACCCUGAUAAUUAACCACAAAUUAUUUCCCCAUCAGCUUGCAAUCAAGAUAUGUUAAUGCUCCAAUUUAAAUGCAUGGAUUGGGAUACCAAAGGGGCAACUGUUGCAAGUAAGUUAUUGUUGAAAGCAACAGAGCUAAGAGUAGGUAAUAACUAUUUCAUGAAAUUAAAAUAUUACUCUAUGAAAACAAGUACUAGAUUACAAGAAUUAAUAUUAGGUGGUAAUCAUAAUUCUCAGUUCAGGUAAGAAUUCAUGACAAUGUCCAUUAGCUUAUGAUAAUUGUCUCAACCCCAGUUAGUUGCAUUAACUGUUCCAGGUAGUUUUUAUGUUUUAAAUGAUGUCUCAAAGAAUACAAGAUCAACAUUCAAUGCUUAAGAAAUUGAUAACGGUACUACUUGUGCAGCGAAAUUAGUCUGAAAUCAGCCUUGGGUAUAUAGGCAUAUAAGCAUGAGAUUCUUAAUGUUAAUACAAGCCAAUAUGAAAAUCACUGCAUAUGGCUGGUAAAUUCAAAAUGGUUCUAUUUGCAUUGAUUUUGCAAAAUGAUCUGACACUAGCUUGUGAUGAAUUUCUACAAGGAUUUUCUUGCUGUGUAAUUGUGUGGUAUUGGAAGUUUGCUGGGAACACUGUGUACAUAAACAGAACUGCUGAUGUUAUGACAGCAGACUGGGAGAUGGCCUGAGGAACUACAUCUCCACUAUAUUUUGCUCCACUGUAAAUUAAGAAGCUCUGCUAUUCACUUCAUAGAGUUUCAAGAAUACCUAUAUGGAACACUAAUUAUGCUCAGAUGCCAAUGAAAUCUGAAUCAGAGCUUGCAGACAUUCUGACUGUAUACUGGCAGAUGACAUACAAAUAUAUAAUUAAAAUACCUCGGUGAUCUGUUUAUAUUGGCUACACUUAAUAGUCAUACUGUUAACUUACAAAAUUCGGAACACCAUCAAUGUGUAGAAUAAAAUGCAGACAAAAUUCUAAUGCCAUAACAUGCUGCUUCUUUGAGUUGAUUAAAAGGUGGGGAGAAGAAAUUUACUCAAUCAUUACUAACUCUAAGCAUUGGCUGUGGGUUACACUCAUUUUCUAACAUUCAUUAACAUUGAUUUAAUUAGAAUUGAAUGUCCAAUACUAGCAGCAGCUGUUACCCUUGGAACCAUUUAGCUCCAGUAACCAAAGUUAAAUUUUCUUCCAAACAUAGUCUUCCUAGUGAAACCUAGCCAAAAUUAAUCAAUCUACAUCUGCUAUUAAGAUUGUACUUCAGUAACACUCUGAGCCCAUUAUUUAUUCUGGAUCUCAAAUUAGGAUUAAAUUGCCCAAAUAUAGUUUCAACCCAAAUAUAGUAAACAAAUGUUAACUUGGCUUCUGUCUCCAGUAUUUCAAGAAAUUGAUCUUAAGUUUAUUGUUUCUAAUUGGAUGGAGAAGCAAUGAUGACAGUUUAAAUAUUCAAACUAAAAUUUGGUAUACUGUAACUCAAUCACGUGCAUUACUUCAACAUCUGGUUUAAACAAACUGAAAAUGCUGAAUGUAAAGUGCAGGUAACAGGCAGUGUAGGAGAAGGAAACAGAGAUAACAUUUCAAGUCCAUGACUUUUCAGCAAAAGUUAGAAAUGUUUCAUCAAAUACCUGUUUUCCUUCUGCCUCUUCUGAGGGCCAAUCACGUGGAUGACAGUUUAAAUAUUCAAACUAAAAUUUGGUAUACCGUAACUCAAUCUUUAAUAAUACCCAGAUCACUUAAGGUAUACAGGCAUUCGAUUAACCCUUACAGCUUACAAUGACAUUACAAUGAUGAACUGGCCAAGCUCACUCCACUGGGUCAUAGUCUGCGUUGAGUUCUGAAUUCAGGUUCCUGCUUCUUUCAUAAUUGUUUCUGGAUUAUUGCUGCAAGGUAUUCAAUGUUUUUUCUUUUAUAUGUCUUUACACAAAUCUUUCAGAAGUUGGGCUUCCUCAAACCUCAGCUGAGCCAAUCAGACAGAGAAGAGUGUGGAAUUAAUUGCCCCUGAAAGUUUUCAGACAUUGUUUUCAAGGCCUAGUCUUCUCACAUAGGUAUUUUACAACUCUAACCCAGACCUUUGGUUCUUACCAUAGUAAUGGCUUGCUCUUUUGCCUGAUAUUGAGGCCUUGGAUGCCACUGGAGAUAUUCCAGAGUUUCUUAUCUCACAACAACCCAAUGCCCAUUGUCUUGCUGUUUUCAAUUCCUUAGUCUGAAACUUAGUCACAACAAAGCCAAGAAUCUGCACUGAGAUGAAUGAGACAGAUAGACUGUUCAUUUCCAACAUCAUUACUCUCCCAUGAAAUGUUGUUUCAGUCUGUACUUGUAGAUUAAUUGUCACAGACAGCUUCUCAAAGAGUUUCCAAAUCAUAAUCCUGUGAUCAAUCAAACAAAGUAGGAUGAAAUGCUUCCAUUUAAACUGUUAUCAAUCCCCUCAGCAUUUUCAUAGAACUGUGCAGAUUAUUGACUAUUCUUGCAUGUAGUUUGUUCAAACUGAAAACACUUAACUUUUUUGGAAUGGUUGUUUUCAAUAUUUUGCCAGCCACCUUUGCAUUGUUCUAUUUCUCUUCUCAGGAAUGUCUCACUGCUUGUGAAGAAUUGGAUUCUUCUCACAUCCUAUGUGAGAGAGGCAUAGCUGCCAGCCAUAGGACUGAAAACUGGCACAGGGACAGAGGAGGAGAGAAUGAACAGGGUUAGGUGGUGGGUGGUAAUCAAAAAGGAUACAUCUAUGAUAUAAAACCAGAAAAUACUAAGAACACUCAGCAGCUCAGUCAGCGUCUGUGGAAAGAGAAAAGGUUAGUGCUUCAGGGCGUCAUUCUCAUUCCUCAGAUCCUCUACAAUUUGCACUUGAGUAGGUGUUGAAAUGCGUCAACCUCCUUGGAAGAAGCAUCAACUGUUUUACACUGAAACAUUUCUGCUUCAUAUUUUUCCUAUAAUUAGAUCAGUCAGAUUGGAUUCAUAAGGUAAGUAAAAUUGCCCUGAGCACAAUGUUAAAUAAUGAAUCAGAUAUUUUAGUACUUAAGGAUUUAUCAGCAAACUAUAACUUUGGAUAAUAUAGAUGCUAUUUUUGACUCGUCUGUAACUUGGACAGCACCCAAGAAGGGAAAGAAUAGAGAAUUGGUGAAUGAAGGAAGAAAUUCAUUGGAUUGUUAAACAUAUUUAAAAUAUUUAGUUGCUGUCCAAAAGGUUUUCUCUGAACAUGAAAAGUGAAAACAACACUGAAUGUCACUCAGAACUAAGACAUAAUUAAUCACAAAUUAUACUGACAGCAAUCUACUGAGAUCAUUCCUUAAGAAUUCUGAAGCAUCUUUCCAGCUAAAUUUUAACAGAAUGAAUUUUGUUGCUUUUCGAGACAGGGGCCAAAAAAAAUUGACUUGCAUAUAGAAACCGAUGCAAAGUUACAGACUGUUGGCUCCAUCCUCAGGCCUAAACAAAACUUGGAUUUAAUUUUGACUGAAUACCCUUUAACUGUUGCUUCGUGACCCUGUUGCAGUUCACCACUCAGAGGACAGGAAAUUGACCUACUUGAUUGUGACCAGCAGGUAGCAUCUCAGGAGAGGAGGCAAUUGUGAGAAGGCUCUCACUGAUGCUGGUCCAGAAUGCAGAUUGUUAAGGGUCAGAGCUGACUUUACUUGUGCCAGCCCUCUUUCCUGAGUUAGUUUAGUUAGACUACUCACUGCUUAAUGAUAUCUUGGAGAAACACACAUAAUGCAAGAUUUCCUCUAAUUACACCUGAAAUUUGCAGUUAGGUUGCAACAACUAACAUGGAGCAUUAACUUGCAUUUUCCAGCAGCAUUUUUUCACCUCCUAUGUUCCAUGAUACAGUCCCAUUGUCAGUCUUGUCUGAAAACUCCUAGCAAAUUGAAAGUCAAAAGUCGAGUGUAUGUACAGAUGCAAUGAAAAGCUUACAGCAACAUCACAGUUUUCAGGAAGAUGUUUGCAUUGAAUUUACAGUAAAAUAUCAGGUCAUUUGGUUUAUUACAGCCAAUGGCAACAUAUAAGUUUCAUUCACGAGAAAAAAAAAACGUAAUUUAGAUAUGUUUCACAAGGAAAAACACACUUUUAGUGCAAAGUGAUCAAAGUGGUCAUAGUGUUGUUGAUCUGUAGUGAUUAGGAUCAUGCCAGUUGGUUCAAGAACCAAAUGGUUAAAGGGAAGUAGCCGUUAUUGAACCUAGUGGUGUGUGACUUCAGGCCUCUGUAACCCCUGCCCAAUGGUAGCAACGCAAUGAAAGUGUGGUGUUGCAUUUUGCAUGUCUCCUUCUUGAGGCAGCACCUCCUGUCAUUGCCAGUGGUGGGGAGGGACAUACCCGCGACAAAUUAGACAGAGCCCACUGCUCUCUGCAGCUUUGUACGUUCCAGAACAUUCAACAUCCUGGACAUCAUAACAGUAAGCAUGUUCCACAGUCUACAAUCACUGAGUGCUCAUUAUCUAAGCGUACGAUAGAUUGAUCUGAGUUGAAUUUUGGACUCUUUUAAUUGUCUCAUUGUCAAUGAUUGAAGGCACUUUCUCAACUGGCUUUUACAUAUUUAUACCUUUUCUCACUUUUUUUUUCCCACCCUGUCUUCAUCAAUAGGAAAUGUUUAGUUGGUAGUCUAUUUAUCAAUUUCAGUUUCAGAAUUCCAAAUCUGUGGAUUAGAAAUUGUAGUUCAGCUGCAGGGCACACUCAGUGGCUGUAGUAUCCGCUCUCCAAAGACUGUUUCGGCCUUCGGCUUUCUGCUCUGCUCUACAGACUUCAGGAGCACUGGGGCAAGGGGAACAGAAAAGGCCGGCAGCCAGCAGUUCGCUGAGUGAGUCAUGUGGCUGGGUGGAGGUUUCAAGGUGGGGAUAGUGAGCAAGAUUGGUCUGGUGGUUGCAGAUCAAACAAGUGACAAGUGUAGAAGUCUGUCGGGCUUGAGACUAGGCUAUCAAGAGAGAGGCAGGAGGAUAAAGGAUUUGUUCAAUCUCUUUAGGGAGAUAGAUAGCUGAAAGACCAAAGCUUCAUGAGACAUAACACAAGAGUCUCAUUCCAGCGCUGUGUUGGGAAGACCAAGCUGUCUCAGGGAUGAUCAACAUCGGCUUUGGUAAAGGUAGUUUGGCUCAAUGUCCUGUGUGUUACUGAUAUGAAAAACACAGGUGUGGAAAGGUGAAUUGCAACCAUUAAAUUUCUGGUUGAAUUUCACACCCACAAUGAUGUCUAUCUCAUUCCAUUCCGGGAGAAAAAAAAACAAUUAUCAAGUAACUUUGGAAGCAAAUAGUUCUUAAAAUCUAACACAGUUUUUGGAAGAAAGCUUUGCCAUACUUCAAAAUUCUUGAGCUUUCUUUUAAGCAGAUUUAUUUUUGCCUUUUAGACUUGUCUAUUCAAAAUUCUGGACUGAUGUGACAAUGUUCUUAAAUUUGGGAUAGUCAUAGAAUAAUAUAGAACAGAAACACCCUUCAAUCCAUCUAGUCCAUGCUGAACCAGCUGAACUGUUAUUCUGCCUAGACCCAUCAAUUUGCACAUGGACCGUACCCCUCCCAUGCAUCUACCUAUCUAAAUUUAUAGGGCCAAAUUAUAGAGAAAUUUAGAGAGAUAAAUUAUACAGUUUCACGUAUAACAUCCUGCAGAUCCAUUUUCAACAGCACGUAGGAACUGGGUGAGCAGAGACAGUUUUGUUCUUGCAUGCCUCAACCCUUCCCAGUGGGAAGUACCAACUGGAAGGUAGAUAGACAGAAAAAGGUCAAGUAAUCUAGAGGACCAAACCCAAACUGCUGGCCUGCUGAGUUCCUCCAGCAUUUUGGAGCAUUGUGUUCCUCUGGAUCUCCAAUUUCUGCAGAAUCUCUUGUGUAUACAAUUCAUCUAGAGGCUAUUCACUGGCAAUAGAAAAAGAUGCAUGGUAGCAACAUUUGAUUGUAGGAGGUGGGCAUUGUGAGGGUACUGCAUCUUGCCCUGAGUGGUUACCCUGAGUCUUGGAGGUUGGUGUUGUACCUUGGGUAAAGUUACUUCUGAUUUUACCGCUCAAGCCAGUCACUAUGUUACUAUCUUAGAAGGUUACGAAUUUAUAAGGGUUCCAUUAAUGCAAAGGAACUUGAUACUGGAUUAUUUAUUUAUGAAACUCCCGCAAGAAAUCCAGAGAUAGGCUUAUCUUCCACAAUAACUCACAGCAAUAAAAUUAUAAAUAGGCAGAAAAUGUUGGCAGGAAAUGGAGUUCCCUCUUUUUAACUACUCCCAGCUCUCUAUGUUAAAUUGCCUCCUUUACUUGUACAUAAAUUACUUGAAAAGGUCCUCGAACAUGGUAUGUCUCUUCAAAAAAACUGCAAAGGCUUCUAGAAUAAAACAGUAAAAUAUAUUUUACACAUGCAAAAUCGGCCUUUUCUUUUGAUCUUGUGAUAUUUUUGUGAGAGUUAAUUCUAUGGAUUUUUAAUAUAAUGAGAAAAUAAAAUGUAAUAUUGAUGAAUUUGUAGAUUAGCUGGAAUUUGUCAGAAGAUUUAAUUGACCUAGAGGUACUUUUGCUUGUAAAGAUCUACAUGAACAAACUGGUCAUCUCAAUCACUUACAAGUACUUCAAAUUCUUACAGAUUUUCAUAGAAAUAACUUUCCAAACGAUUCUUGCUGCAUCUCCAAAUCUUGCCCAAAGUGUGGGAUAAGUAGGAUUUUAUUGUAGGGGUUAACUCUUUGCAGACUAAGCUUACGACUGAAGGAUGUUUGAAAUCAGUGUAAAAUAAUAGCUCCUGAGCAUAAAAACAGGUCAUCUAAAAAUAAUUAGUGAUAAGAUGGAAACAAUCAGUAGAAAUGAUUUGAUGUCAUUUAUCACUCUCGACUUGGAAUGCAGAGAGGGGAAAAGAAAGGUCAAAGUGUAAUUCACAUGUAAACAUUCAGGGGAUUGAAUGUAUUGAUGAGGAAUAUUUGUACACCUUGUUUUUUGUUGAAUAAAGAACUCUAACUACAUG